GUGGGAAUGACUCAUCACUUCUGAAAAAGUUAAAUUUGUUGCAAGACUACAAACAACAAAUUCUUUUCUAGAAGCUUGUUUGAAAUGCGAUCCAUCUGUCAUCUCAUCACGUUGCUGAAAAUCACGUUUUCAUUUCUGGAUCAUACAUUUGACAGUGAGGGAACGUAAACAAAAUUAUUUUGGGAGGACCUUGGAGGGCCAUCUAACUUACAAAUCUCUGGCUCACUGGAGAUAGGCGUUAUUCAUAACUUCCCCGACGUCAGUGACUUGAGGUCAGAAGGUUCCUGACCGCUGUCAACGCUUUCUCAUAGUAUUUAAGCAGCUUUUAGCCAUUCAACAUGAGGGCGAGUUCCAAAUCUUGGUUUGUAUUUUAGCUGCUGCAAUUAUACAUUCGGUCUCUUUUUAAACCACGUGCUUUUGACUAGCAUCAACUGCUGAUUCAACGCACUUAGUGAAAGUAUUAAUUUGGAUCCAUCCCAGCAAUUGAAACCAAAAAAAAAAAAUGUUUCAUUUAAUUGGUAAGACGUUAGACUUCACACGCACAGGGGUGCACUAUUUCAUGUUUGCCAUAUUGGGUCUUAUGAUGUCAAUUCCUGGACCAACUUUGAUAGACUUACGGCACUCAAGUGGAGCGGACUCAUAUAGUAUUUCAUUCAUCUUUACUGCAAGAUCUAUUGGCUAUUUGAUUGGAUCUUUAACAGGUGGCAUCAUUUUAGACUGCAUGAAGAAUGAAGAAAAGGCAUUAAUUGUUAGCAGUUUGUUUGUGGCACUUGGCGCAUUUACAAUACCAUGGUGCAGAAGUCUCACUUUUUUGUUAGGCACUUUUAUAGUCACAGGAUUCGCAAUGGGAUUCAGCAACACUGGAAGCAAUGCCUGCUGCCUGCGCAUAUGGGGAAAGAAAGGUGCACCUUUUCUUCAAGGUCUUCAUUUCGCUUAUGGUUUAGGUGGAUUCCUAGCCCCUAUCCUAGCAGCUCCUUUCCUGUCAGCACAUGUUCCUCUAGCCAGCGAUUUAACAUUACUUGGAGUACAUCAGAACCUCACCAGCACACUAGCAGCUAAUAUACCCCAAAAUAUUAGCGAUUUAGAGUUGCAAAUUACUGCUAGUGAAACUGUUACGAUUCCUUCCAUUACGAUCGCGUAUACAAUCAUUGGAGUACUAGCUUCCUGUGCAACUGGUUUAUUUGUUUUUGUGUACAUCUUUGCGUCAAAAGACAAAAGUACCGUUGAAACUAAAGAUGAAGAAAACAUCAGAGAUCCAGGACUUUCUUUUACUAUAAUUGUUGUGAUAUUAGCUUGCCUGCAAACAGGUCUUAUUUCUGGCGUUGAAGUUAGUUUUGCACAAAUGUUAACUUCGUAUGUGGUAAAUAGCGCACACGGCUUGUCAAAAGUCACGGGAUCCUAUAUGACAUCAGCUUAUUGGGGCUCGUUUACUAUCACAAGAGCGCUGUCAAUAAUUUUAGCAGUUAAAAUCAGUGUUAGAAGUUUGUUAAUAUUUGAUCUCUUUCUCGCCGUUACAUCAGCAAUAGUUUUAUUGACCAUUGGUACCUGGUCUGUGAUUGGACUAUGGGUAGGCACGUGUCUUUUAGGCAUUGGAGUAGCAUCAAUUUUCCCAGCUUCUUUGUCCUGGGUAGAAAAGUAUAUUAAUAUCAAUAACAGGAUUGCUUCCGUCUUCACUUUAGUUUCCUGCAUUUUAGAGAUGACUGUUCCAUUAUCAAUAAGCAUAUACUUGGGCACACAACCGAAUGUCCUCUUUCAAUUCAUGACCUCAGCGACUGUCUCAUGCUGUGUACUUUUUACAAUUUUAAGCAUAAUUCUUAAAAGGAAAGGUGAAAAAUACAUCAGCAAUGAACCGACUUCAGCAGAAUUAAAAGAUUCAGUUCCCGAAGUUAAAGUGUAAACUUUUGAAUGCUAUUUUAACAUUCGAUAUUUUUCAAUUAGCUGUGGAGACAUUUGUUUUUGUGUAUGUGUUGUUCAUUUCAUCAUUUAUUUAACAUCGGCUGGGACAUCACAGCAAAACUGUAUAUAUUCCAUCUUGCCUAAAUUGUAUUAAAUUUAUGUAUGUCCCGUGAACGUGGUCUACAUUUUUGACCUUUUUUUGUGAUAAUGAAAGCACAACUAAAAAGUACCAGGGAUUCCAAAUAAAUAUUUUUA